AUGGCGGCAUCAUUGUUUACUUUCUCCUCCACUACAAGAAGAGUCGUCCCAGCUCCAAACUCUCCUCCUCUUCCCAUAUACAUCAAAGCCACAAAUGUCGUUUUCAACCCUAAUAUACCAGAUGUUCAUCGCGGUCUUGGACUUGAUGAUUUUGUCAAUUUUUUAGUAUCCUGCAGACUUCGAUACGCUAUCAGUGAGGUUCCAUCAGAGUUCUUUCCCGAAAAAGUAUGUGAGUUCUACUACACCGCAACGGUUAAUGAUGAAAACAACGUCAUCUCCGGGACUAUUGGGCGUGGCCAUCGCUCAGUUUUUAUCACCGCUGAUCUCCUCAGUGCUGCACUCAGGUUACCAAUUUUUGAACCAUUCUCUAAGCUUCCAACUAUUGAACACUAUCGAAGCGUCUUUGAUCAACUGGGCUAUGAUCAAUCGAAGGUUGGUGAUCGAUCAGCUCUCAUUCUGCGUCAAUGUAUGACUCCAGGAUGGAAGUUUUUCACCGGGGCACUUUGCAAAUGUGUGGGUCACAAAUCUCGUAGUGGUGAUCAACUGAGUACUUAUGAGCAACAAGUUGUAUGUUCCCUUCUUCUCAGCAAACGUCUUGAUUAUGGGGCCUUCUUCUUUGAUCAGCUAGUCCAACUUCUUUGUGCCAAUGAUGAUCCACUAGCAAAUGACAUUGGCAUCUUUGAUCGGAUGCGAGAAUGGAUCGAAAAUCCAUAUACCGUUCCUUCACUAAACGCUGACAUUGAUGAAGGAGCUAAUGAUAACAACGAAAUUCAUGCUGAUCUACAAGUUGAAAUGCAAGACGAUGGUCAUAUCUCCCCUCAACUUUCUCAUCAUACUAUUUCUGUUACUGAAAGGGUUCACUCAGCGCAGGGGGAGCAACAAUCUCAGGGGAAGCAACCAUCUGCUCAGGGGGAGCAACCAUCACAAGGGAUGUCACCAUCUCAGGGGGAGCAGCAUCGAUCACAAUAA